GGGGGAAUCCACACACAUAUAAAAUCUCCAAGCAUCUUUCUAGCUCUGGGAAUCCUCCCAUCGGCACCCUCGUCCACCCCCCAUCAUCCCAGAGGACCCCCGCCCCCAAAUCGAGAAAGCUUGGACACCUGCUUGUUCGGGAGAGAGGUCUCAGAGGCCCCUCUGCAAACACCCUCACGUAAUCAAGCAGCGGGGCGCCGACCAGGGCGGGUCAUGGGGUGGGGGGAGCUUCUCCCCGCUGCCCCCAAAUCCUGGGGGUGCGGUUUCCGAGAGACGACCCCGACACCAUUCCCCCAAGGCCUGUUCAUUUUGGAUAGGGACCUGGACCCCAGCCACAGCAGACCUUUAUUAAGAAAGACCCAGCCCACCCGCGAGCCGCACCCAGCAAGCUCAGCGGUCUAACUUCGGGCUCUCCCGGAGCCGGGAGGGGCGGGGGAACAGGAGGAGGGCCCGGCGGGUCGAUCCGCGCCAUCGGCACUCCGCCUCGCCGCCCGCCCGCCUGCAUCGAUGUGCUCGGCAUCUCGGCUGCCUCCGCCUGGCGACGGCCCCGGAAGGCGCUGAGCUUGAACUGAGGUGGGCUCGAGGCCGCGACGACGGCGGCGUAGGAGGAGGCGCGUCCACGCUGCGGCUCCGGCUCCGGCUCCGGCUCCAAGGGGCCGCACUCUCGGCCCAGGUGGCGGCCCUGGGCCCCAGAGCCAGCUUAUAAAAAUGGGACGUCGUUCGUCAGAUACUGAAGAAGAGAGUAGAAGUAAGAGGAAAAAAAAACAUCGAAGACGGUCCUCUUCAAGUAGUUCUUCAGAGAGCAGAACCUUCAGCCGCAAGAAAACAGGAAGGAAAUCAAGAUCCAAGUCAAGAUCUUGGUCUAGGGAUCUGCAGCCCCGUUCACAUUCUUAUGAUAGAAGACGCAGGCACCGUUCCAGUAGUAGCUCUUCUUAUGGAUCUAGAAGAAAACGAAGUCGGAGUAGAUCGAGGGGCCGAGGAAAAUCCUAUAGAUCUCAGAGAUCAAGGUCAAAAAGUAGAACAAGAAGGUCAAGGUCAAGGCCUCGUCCUCGUUCCCAUAGUCGAAGUAGUGAAAGAUCUAGCCACAGAAGAACGCGUAGCCGAUCUCGUGAAAGAGACCGUCGUAAAGGCCGAGAAAAAGAGAAGAGAGAGAAGGAGAGAGAGAGAGGGAAGGAGAAGGAAUUACAUAGCACCAAGCGCGGGGAUUCUGGAAACAUCAAAGCUGGAUUAGAACAUCUGCCACCUGCUGAACAAGCCAAAGCUAGACUACAACUGGUCCUUGAAGCUGCUGCUAAAGCCGAUGAAGCCCUGAAAGCUAAAGAGCGAAGUGAAGAAGAAGCAAAAAGAAGAAAAGUAGAAGGUAAAGUACCUGAGUGUUCAUUUUAUCACAAUAAGUCACCAAGCGAUGACCAGCAUGGCUCCCUCUGCCCCUGGGAGAGUGGCACAACAGGUUCAUUGAGUGGGCCACUCCUUGUGUCUGUCACCAAUCUUUCUGCCCCCUCCUCAGUGUCAACUAGUCAUUACUGA